CCGUCGGUGCCAGUCUCUGGUUAUUCUAAAGCCGUUCUCCGCUCAAAGCAAACCCUAGGUCUUCUAUUUGAAAGGGUUUUUAAUAGCAAUAAUAUAAAAAACUGUUAAAAGCAACGGAAAAUCGAAGAAACCCUCUUUAUAAUCUGGAUAGAAUUUGGAUUAUCGAACUGGGUUCUAUUUGUUAAAUAAGCUAGUAUUGUGGAAGCUGUGAAAGUCUUCUUUUUUUGGGGGGGGGGGGGAGUUUUCUGAAACAGAGAGAUGGUAAGUGGGCCAAGAACCGAAGGGCUCUCACCACGAGUGAGCAAGACAAUACAGUCAAUCAAGGAAAUAGUCGGUAAUCACUCUGAUGAUGACAUCUACGUUGCAUUGAAAGAGGCCAACAUGGAUCCUAAUGAAACUGCCCAAAAGUUGCUUCAUCAAGAUACAUUUCAUGUGGUAAGGAGAAAAAAAGAUAGGAAGAAAGAGAUCAUUGAGCACGAAGGUUCUAUGGAUCCUAAAAAAAAUUCUGAGAAUGUUGGUCAAAGGAUGAUAUUUCGUACAUAUCCGAAACGUGGUCCUCGAAGAGGAGGUUAUACUCGGGCUGCUUUGCCUGGCAAUGCAGGAGUCAACCGAGAGUUUCGUGUUGUGAGGGACAACAGAGUUAAUCAAAUUGCAAAUAAAGAUAUGAAACCUUCUUUGUCGCAAUGCUCAACUUCUUUAAAUGAGCAGGUGCCCAUUAGUGUUGCUGAUAAGGGUUCAACUGGAACUCCAAACAAUCAGAGAUCCUUUAGUUCUCAAAGGUCAUCUCAAACUUCUAGUGCACCAUCCAGUUCACAUGCCGGGCAUGUCCGAGAUGCAAAUUCUGGUGGUGUUUCUAGGAAAGAAAUAACAGAGCAAAAGCAAAUUUUUAAUCCUAAUGCUGCUUCGCGGUCGCAGGCAGUUAAGCCCAAUAACUUUCAAGCACAUUCAGGCACUCAGUCAUCGAGCAGCUCAGUUGUUGGGGUUUAUUCGUCAUCUACGGAUCCAGUUCAUGUGCCUUCUCCGGAUUCCAGAUCAUCUGGUGCUGUUGGAGCUAUCAAGCGUGAAGUUGGGGUUGUCGGUGUUCGCCGUCAUCCUCCUGAAGAUGACAGCAAAGAUUCAUCUGGAACAAAUACUCUUUCAAAUUCACUUGUAGGGAGGGACACUUCAUCAGAGGCAUUUCGACCUUUUCCUGCAAUUUCCAGAGCAGAUCGGGAGGUCCGGGAUACUCACCGUGGUGCAGCUGAAUCUUCCAUGUCUGGUAUUUCUGGCAGCAGGUCAUUUGUGAACAAUCCAUAUGGGGGCAGACAACAUCAACAGGUUUUAGUUCAUCAAAAGGCUAACCAUCAUAACAAAGAGUGGAAACCAAAAUCAAGCCAAAAGUCAAGUGUUAAUAAUCCCGGGGUUAUUGGAACACCUAAGAAAUCUAAUUCACCUCCAGCUGAUGAUGCCAAGUACUUGGAUUCUGAAACAGCUAAACUGCAAGAGAAGUUAUCUCAAUUUAACAUCUAUGAAAAUGAUAAUGUCAUCAUAGCCCAGCACAUCCGUGUCCCUGAGAAUGAUCACCACGGACUUACUUUUGGCAGCUUUGGUGUAGAAAACGAUUCUUCAAGGAAUUUAGUCCCUGGUUUUCAUGCCUCUGGUGUUGCAGGAGACUUAAACGUGGAAUCUGCUGCAAGUUUGCCUGUGUCUUCUCCCGGCACUUCCAGUGAUGACAAUGUUGGCAAGCCCAUUAACAUUUUAGAUGAUCAACUUGGAAAUUCUGGUUCUGACUCUCCAGCCUCUAGUACCGCAUCCGAGCAUCAAUUGUCUGAUAAGAAAGAUGCUCCAAUCCCCCAGAAUCUGGACAGUUACACCGAUAUUGGAAUGGUCCAAGAUAACAGUCAAUCCUAUGCUCCUUCGGAGGCACAACAGCAGCAAGAUCCUCCCGAAUUACCCGGUUUUUCGCAGGCAUAUGAUCCCCAAACUGGUUAUGAUUUGCCUUAUUUUAGACCUUCAAUAGAUGAAACUGCAACAGGACAAGGUCUACUAUCUCCUCGGGAGGCCUUAAGCCUGAACGCCGCCAACACCCCCGCAUCAACAACAAUACCAAUGAUGCAGCAGCAACAACCUCAAGUAGCGCAAAUGUAUCCUCAAGUUCAGAUGCCCCAUUUUGCUAAUCUUAUGCCAUAUCGUCAGUUUGUCUCCCCGAUUUAUCUGCCACAGAUGGCGAUGCCAGGUUAUUCCAGUAAUCCUGCUUUCCCGCAUCCGUCAAAUGGCAGCAGCUACUUGCUCAUGCCGGGGGGCAGUACUCAUAUUGGUGCAAACGGUGUCAAGUAUGGGAUUCAACAGUUUAAACCAGUUCCUGCAGGCAAUCCUACUGGGUUUGAAAAUUUUACCAGUCCGUCUGGGUAUGCAAUCAAUGCUCCUGGAGUAGUUGGGAGCGCAACAGGUCUUGAGGAUUCAUCUCGGACCAAAUAUAAAGAUGGAAAUAUCUAUGUUCAAAAUCAGCAGGCUGAUACUCCAGAUUUCUGGAUGCAGAACCCAAGGGAGCUACAAAACAUGCAAUCUGCCGCAUACUACAAUAUGCCACAAACACCUCAUGGUUAUAUGCCAUCUCCCACAGGCCAUGCUUCCUUUAAUGCUGCCGCUGCUGCACAAUCUUCUCACAUGCAAUUCUCUGGGUUGUACCUUCCUCCUCUACAACCUGCUGCAAUGGCGAACCCGCAUCAUCUAAACCCUGCAAUGGGCGCUAAUGUUGGUUUUGGCGUUGCUCCAGCUGCUCCCGGAGCUCAACUGGGUGCUUACCAACAGCCUCAACUGGGUCAUCUUAACUGGACAUCAAACUUCUGAAUGGUAUCAAGCUUAACCCUCUCUUGUAAGGGAGUAGUGAAGUAGCUUUAGAAAUGAUAUAAAAUAUCUUUGUGCAAUAACCCACAAUCUUGUUAAUUCAAUGCUUAAUGGUGUUUAAUCUCUU